GCAUCGCAAUCGCCCGCUCCAGAUCUUAUUCCCCGAACCCCCCUGCGUCAUCCACACGCCGUAUUCCCUCGUGCUUCGCGCGCCACGUCUCAGAUCAAUCACGGCGCAGCUGCGUCGGCCGCUUAGUGGCGCAUUUUGCUCACCUUGGGGCGCUCAGCCAUGCAUCCCCGGGUCCGCUCCCGUUCCAAUUCGGCAAUCUCGCUCGACGAGCUCGACUCGCAGUCGCAUUCUCGUGUCAAUCGCUCUUCAUCUAGUAGCGGAAGCUAUGGACCGUCGUCCCAAGACCAGGACCAGGGCCAGGACCGAGGAUUUGACGACGAUGAACACGAGCACGAGAAUGAGCUUGAGCCUGUUCCUUCAGAGCCAUGUGGAGCAGGGACCGCCGGCACGGCGGGCUCUGAAUCCGGCGCCCGAUCCGAGACGCCGCCGCCUUGGGGAAAGAGGCCUAUCUCGCGCCUGGCCAGCGCCUGGGGAUCCCAUGUUAGCUGCGAAGUUGACUUUGCCGCCGCCCGCGAUCAUCUAGCGCUUGAGCGAACCUUUCUUGGUUAUCUGAGGACCUCAAUGAUGAUGUCUAUGCUCGGUACCGCGAUCGCUCAGCUUUUCACACUCGCACACGACGACUUGGGCUUUGGUUACAACCGGGUAGGGAAGCCGCUAGCGUCUGCAUGUUUCGCCUUUUCCAUCGCGACGAUACUUCUCGGAGCGGUACGCAGUUGGAGGCACCAGCACUCCAUGAUAUCCGGGAGAGCGUUGACUGGUGGAUUUGAGAUUCACCUUCUUGGUAUUGGGACGUGUGUGCUUCUUGUUAUAUUUUUCGGAUUCAUGGUCGGGAUCGAUGCUGUCAUAGUGGUCACCGAAGACUGAGCCACUCGGGAGAGUGUCCGAGACAGUGUCGAGUCAGCAAAAAGUCUGACAAGCUCAUCCUCAAUGAACCGACGGAACAUCUACCAGGAACGUCACGAGUGACUCGUUCCAAAGGAAGAAAAACCAGAAAUCGCAAAGGGCCAAGCACUACACUAAUGAAUGACUGUCCAAGGUUGGGACGUGAGCACACAGUCUUGGAUUGCCAUAUCUUAGCACCAGUGAAGCCUUUGGGUCGAGAAAUGCAUUGUAUCAAGUGGACAUCGAAUCACUGUCACACACCUGGUCGGCACACGUGGUCACAAUGGGCAUGACUAGUGAGGAGGUGCAGAAAUCCGA